AUUGAUCUGAGAUCCUGACACUGAAAAAGAAGUAUGCAUCAUUGAACAAGGAGUAAUUAGUAGAUGGUUUAUCUUAACUUGCUUUAACUAAUUUAAGCUUCUAAAGAUAGUUUCAAAGUCUUGGACAAAUGGAAGUUGAUUUAUUAUUUCUUCUUUUCGUUAUAUGAAAAGAAAAGGAAAGUACAUCGACCAAAAAAAGAAAGAAAAGGAAAUUAAAAGUUAUAGCUGGAUAUGAAGAGAUAUGAAAAUUUGGAAUGACAUUUGACAGGUGGAAUAGUCAAGGAUAUUAACUCCUCUUUCACUCUUUCUCCAUCAAUGAUCUGCAUAAGUGUUGGCAGUUUGUGUCAAAAUGAUUUGUACAAAAGAGGUACUCUUUCUAACAAACCAACCUAGCACAGCAAAGUUUUGUCUCUGGGAUGAUGAAUCAGUGCGCUGGCACUCACUCAUCUCUCAGCAAAUCAACUUCGAAGUUCAGACAUUUGAACCCACUCCAAAUCACCACCACAGAAUCCACCAUGCACAAAGCUUCACCAUUUCACAAUUGCUUGCAAUUUUCAAGCUAUAUUUAAUGAAGGAUUGAUUCAAAGUGGUCUACCCUAAGCUGCUUGUAUAGUUGUCUGUACUCCACAAUAGGUCGAGCCGUAGAGGAUAAUCAGAUAUAUGGAUAACUAGAAAGUGUCUGGCUAAUCUCUAAACUUGUUAGAACACAUAAAAUGGCUAAGAUAACAAAUGUUUGUGUUGUCGAACGAAUGAUAGAUAAUGGUUGCUACAGUACGAUAACGUAAUAGAGAAACUGAAUGACAUACCCUAAGCUAGUAUCCACUAACAAUCUGAAAUCUACUAGAAAUCGAGAUAAGUUUACCCUAACAACCUAAGGGUUACUUAUAGUUCUUCUUAGCCCUAAACUUUAUAGUAGAACAAAUAGAAAACAAAUUAAACAAAUAAUGAAAAACCAAAAAGUCCUAAAAUCUUAUAGUCCCUGUAGGGAUAGUAAAUUAUGAAGGAAUCGAAAAAAAAAAUCCCCAUACCUCAGCACCCGAGUCUUCUUCACCUCGCACCCGGCGUCUUCUAUUCAAAAUGGUGGGUCAUGGGUCUUGUUGCUAACUUUUACGCCUUUUCAAUUGUUCUUCGAUCAUUUCAGUCAUUUGUUUUACAUCAAUAAUCUUUGCCAAAUUAAUAUUGUUAGACAAGAUAAAGGGCUUAUGUGGUCAGAAAUAUGGACGUUAUAUUUUGACAAAGAUUCAGUGCAAUAAUUUAUAUUCAUAGUAUGAUAACUUAUUUUGUAAAAUUAAGUUAAAUCGCAUUUUUAUAUAUUAAUUAUUGAUCAUCUAUUCAUGAUUUCUAAAGAGAGAAACCUUAAAAUUGAUCUUUUGGUUGGUGAGCAAAUGGAGAAUGUUGAAAGAAUCGAGAACAAGACUUUUUUUCUACAUACAAGACUGAAAAUGUGACUCCCAUCUUAUGCUCUGCAAACACAGCAGGAUACAUCCAUCCAUCCUCUUCGAUACUCUCUUACUCAUAACCCAUCUCUUCUGCUUAAUGCUUAUAAGGCCAGACUACACUCCAGAGAUUCGUAAAAACUUAUCCAAAUCUAAACUGCAGGCUAAGGGUUUUAAGACUGCAGAGCAACGAUGUUGUACGGAUAGUACAUGCAUGCAUGCAUGCUACACAAUUAUAUAUAGCGAUAACUUAAUUUAAGUGUUCAGUUUUAAAAAGCAGCAAAAUGCUGCCGAUGACAUUAUCGAUCAAAUCUUAGUGACCAGUGGAGAAGAAGAAUAUAUUUAAAAAAGGAAAAAAUAAAAUAGAAAGACAAAAAGUAGAUCAUGCCCUAGCUCAUAUUACACCCAAUGUGAUUCCAGCCAAACAUGUGCCGGCCAACUUUUCAAUAUCAAAUAACUUAAUUUGUAUUUAGCUGACUUAUUAUCCUCAAAUCACACACUAAUCAAGCAAAGUUAGAGAUAAAAUAGUUUCUUGUGUUACAGCUAAAAGAAUGCUUCUUUUACUAAAAUACACAAAUGGCACAUGAUCUACUGAAAAUUUUAUUAAAUUUUAGAGUACCUUGUAUUCCGGAGUUUUUAUCAUUAAAUUUUAAUUACUAUAACUUCGAUUAAAAUUUUAACAAUUUAAACUCCAAAAUAUAAAGAAACUCGAGUACUCCAAAACACCAUAAAAAUUACCACAUCUAAUCCAUUGUUUAUGAAGAAUUACAAAUGAAACAUCAUGGUGCAGAUGGGUUUUUAGUUUCGGCAGAUUUAUAUAUUAAAUUUAGAAAAAUAAUAAUAUAUUUUUAAUUGGAGAACAAGUAAGUGGGAUCGCCACUUUGUCCAAGAAGCUUAUCCCAACCUACUUUCAUAUCUUAUCUUUAACUCUCACAAUUUGUGGGGUCUUGACUUUGAGAACUCCAAAAAAUCACUCUCAAGCACCAUGCUUUCUUGUGAAGAACAGAAGGGGAAAAUGUCUGCUGCCAAAUGUGCCAUGUUUUAUAGAUUAUAAUCUUUGAGUUGAUAUGCAUGUUCGUACAAUUUCGUAUCAAGGUGCAUGACUAUAAAGUAGUGUAGGGUACAGCACGGUACAGCAAAGCAUAUACCGUUACAUUUAUAUGAUCACACUAGCUACUUAAUUCACAUAUUGUCAAUAAUGUAUCGAUAAUAUGUCAAUAAAAUUUGUUGAUUAUCAGUAAUCUGUAAUACUUAUAGAUGACUUCGUAAUUAUUGAUAUAAUAUAUAUUAUUGUGAUCUAUUACCAGUACUCCAAAAUAGUUAUUUUAUAUCUUUUUCUUCUUUUUUAUGUGCAAUAAAAAUAAUUGAAGAAUGAUCUUUUAGAAUGUAAAUAACAAAUCCAGUUGAUUAUAGCAAAUAUGAAAAUUUGAAAGAAAAAAAAACAUCUCUUGAUAAGUUGCCCCAUGAUAUUGAUCACAAUUAUGGCAUCUCAGCUUUCCUCAUAUCUAACCUAUCAUUUCAACCCUUUAAUGCUCCAAAAUAGUGCUUCCUCUCCCACACCUAUAUAUACCUGUCAUCUUUGUACUAACACUACCACCUCUCUCUCUCUCUCUCUCUCUCUUAUUGUUUGUGUGGGUAUAAAUAGCUAAAAAUAAAAUAAAAUAAAAAAAGAAUGAUGAAGGGGAAGUUUGUAAGGGUGUGUGCUAACAAGUGGAGGAAGAUAGGGAGUAAAGAAAGCAUACCUUCUUCCUCAUGCUGUGAAAUCUGCUGCCAAUGGGCUCUCUGGCCUUCCAUGCAAGAAGAAAACUCAAUCCCCAAAGAUGUCCCAAAGGGUCACUUAGUAAUCUAUGUUGGUCAAAACCACAAGAGGUUUGUGAUCAAAAUCACCGUGCUUAACCACCCUCUGUUCAAGGCAUUGCUCGAUCAAGCUCGAGAAGAAUACGAUUACAAUGCUGAUUCGAAGCUCUACAUCCCGUGCAACGAGAGCCUCUUCCUCGACGUUGUUCGCUGCGCUAGCUCGCCAGAUGACCAUCGAAGGAUUCCUCUGUGUCUUUGAGAAUUCAAGUGAAUGUAUUAACAGAGAACACUGUGGUAUUUAAUUGAUUCAUGAUAAAUCGGGAGAGAGAUAUA